CUCACAUUUUAAAAGAGACUCAAUUUUUUUCCUUAACCGACGAUGGGCGACCAAGAAAGAGAAUCCAUUGAGGAAAAACAUCCGCCUCAAGCGAGCAUCGAUCCUAGCGACACCGAAAGUGACACCGAAGAUGAGGGCCUGUUUGUGGCCGAGGAUGAGUACGCGCCGCUCCAAGAAGACAGCGAAAGCGAAAACCAAGAUGACAUCGCCGACACCAUUGAAACUCACAGUCACAUGUCAGUACAUAUUCCCAGCCUGAACCGCAUUCCGCUGGAUCUGGAGUGCGCACUGGACAAGCGCAUGGAAGACGAGCUGGCUCGCCAGAAAUCACCCACCACAACCCCGAUUGAUGCGCCGCCCGGUGUCACUGCUGACACUGCUGUUGUUGGGGAUAGUGACGCAAGGUCAAAGCCUUUAGAGAUCAAAGUUGCCGAGCCCAUGUCGGCAGAACAUAUCGACCAUAUUAAGCGGGUAAUGGCCGGGAUCCAGAUUUGUCCGGAUGCGGUUCCCGAAUGGGCCCGGCGGGUGCCCGAGAGUGCAUGGAUACCCAAGCGGUCUGAAUCGUCAUCCGAACUGUGAAACCGAUGCAUGUUGAUUAUGUGGGUAGAGCCAUUAAUCGGAUUAAAUUCGGAUUAGAGCCAAUUUUUUUUAGUCGGUUUGGAUUCGGCUGGAAUCCAUAAGAAGGAUGGGUAUUUUCUUUAUAAUAUUGGAAUAAAAACACUGGCCCAACCGCCAAGCUACUUGCUCGACACAUACUGGCUC